GUCACGAGCCCAGUACAGCCAAUGAAAUUGAGACUAAGAGAAAGGUUCAUGUCAGUGAAUGGAAAGCGCUAAGCUAGUCAUGAGCUAACUGUCCGAUUAGAUACUGGGACAUUUCAUAUUUAAAGUCUACAUUUAGCAACUGAGGACUCGAUCAAAAGGUCAGCAUCAUGGGUGAACCACAGCAGGUUAGUGCCCUGCCUCCUCCACCUAUGCAGUACAUCAAGGAGUACACAGAUGAAAACAUCCGUAAGGGUCUGGCUCCUAAGCCACCUCCACCCAUCAGAGACAGCUACAUGAUGUUCGGCAACCAAUUCCAGUGUGAUGACCUCAUCAUCCGACCACUGGAGAGUCAAGGCAUUGAGAGGCUCCAUCCUAUGCAGUUCGACCACAAACGGGAGCUUAAGAAGCUCAACAUGUCCAUUCUUGUGAACUUUCUUGACCUGCUGGACAUCCUUAUCAAAAGCCCUGGCAGUAUAAAGCGUGAAGAGAAGCUGGAGGAUUUGAAGCUUUUGUUUGUUCAUAUGCACCAUCUGAUAAAUGAGUACAGGCCACAUCAAGCCAGAGAGACGCUAAGGGUGAUGAUGGAAGUGCAGAAGAGACAGAGGCUUGACACAGCAGAGAGGUUCCAGAAACAUCUGGAGAGGGUGGUGGAGAUGAUCCAGGGGUGUCUUGCCUCCUUACCUGAUGACUUACCACAGAUGGAGGGUCCAGAUGGUGCUGCUGAUGGGACAAGGAGUGUGUCUGCUGCAGCUAGUGUUGGUUGUUCAUCUGGGCAGGCCCCCAGGCUGAAAACUGAACCAAUGGAUGUAGAGGAAGCAGGUACCAGCUGUAUGGCAGCAGGUCACCAGGACAAGAGUGUACCUACUUCAAAGAGGGACAAAAUGUGGGACAAGGAUGCUGCCAUGUGCAGUAUUAUUGAUGAAAUUGCUUAGAUUUUCUGUUGAGUAGUAUUGGUUCUUUCUUUUCUUUGUACAUCUAGACUGUUUGUUUUUUGUUUGCUGUACUUAGAGUAAGUAUAAAAAUGUGUUUUCACUGGGCCUCAAAUCCUAUCCUCUGGAGUUGAAUGGUAUUUUAUUUAAAAACCAUUAUGUUGAUAUUAUUAACAGUUCCUGUGAAGAUAUCUGAAGAAUGUAAAUAUUAAAUAGGUCAUCCGGGGUGCCAACUUCCAGUUUUGUAAUAAAAACCAAUAAAGACAUUUCCAGUUGCAGAAGAAGUGCAGUGCUGUCACAAUAGUGUAUUUUAAAACUUUUCAAAGGGAAACAUCAGAGGAUAUAGCAUGCAUUUCAGUCAAUUACAUAUUUUUACAAACCUAGUCACACACAUUGCACAUGGUCUAAUUGAUUAGGUACAUAGUCACUCCUUAGGCCCGUGUACGGUAUUAUAUAACCAGUGUUUUGAUCCCUUGUUUGUUCAACCAUUUUUCUCCAAGCAGCAGAAGCAGCAGCACUUGUUUAAUGAAAAAACUCUACUUGACAUAUCUCCUUAGGAGGAUCCUAAUUUCCUUAUUGCACCACAGAGCUACAUUGUUGUUUUGUAAAUUAGGAUAUUGGAAGAUACCUACUUGUAUGACUAUUAUAUGGUAAAUUUGACACAAAUAAAACCUUUCAGAAUCUCUUGAGGAACA